CAACGAGCUGCAGAUGAAUUGCAAUAGUAUAAGAAAUAAAAACCAAAAAGUUUGUGAAAAAUUUAGUGUUCAAAUGAAAAGUAAACCAUAAAAAUCCAUUGUGAAAAAUUGUGGGUGGUGUGGGAGACUCAAUAGUAAAAGAGCGUAAGCCAAAGUCAGCGCAAGGCGAGAGUGAGUGUGUAUGCGUACGUGUGUGUGUGUCAGUCGAGGAGCACGACAUGUAUUUGAUGUAUACUCAGCGGCCGAAGAGAGCGCAGCUAUAAACAAGAACAAAACACACAUGCACAUAUACAUACAAACUGGCACAACAGUAGCAUAGCUUGUUGUGGGGGAGUGGGAGCCACAGUCGGUUACGAGUAAUACGCCAACGCGAGCAAAGAACGGCAAAGAAAAAAAAAAGAGGAAAAGAAAAGGAAGCACACACGUACGCAGCAAAAAACAAGGAUAUUGCAAGAAUAACUAUAAAAACCGAAAGUAGAGUGACUCAAGUAGAAAAAAAAACUUCAAUAUGAAUCCAGCGGUUGAUGCGUGGGUGGUUACCCAGCGUGAGAGAGUCAAGUAUCAGGAGCAGUUCAAAGCGCUGCAGCCCGUGGGCGGCUUUGUGACAGGAGCUCAGGCUAAAGGAUUCUUUUUGCAGUCGCAGCUACCGCCACUGAUCUUAGGACAAAUAUGGGCUUUAGCCGACACGGACUCGGAUGGCAAAAUGAACAUAAAUGAGUUUAGCAUUGCAUGCAAGCUUAUCAAUCUCAAGCUGCGUGGCCUGGAAGUGCCCAAGACCCUGCCACCUACACUGCUUAGCUCUCUAACGGAUCCAGUAGGUGGUCAGACGCCCACAAUGACGCCUCGGGGAUCGACUAGCUCCAUGAGCCCGAUGGAUCCGCUUAAGAGUCUGGCUACUGCGGUGCCUGCGCCCAUAGCAGCGCCUCCAGUUGCUGUUGCAACUCCAGUUGCUGCUGUUGUGCCGCCCCCUGUAGUUGCGCCAGCUGUGUCCGCUGUGCCCGCAGCAAUUGUAUCGCCACCACAAAGCAAUCCACCCAGUCGUCACAUGUCCGUUUCGGAACGUGCGCCAUCCAUUGAAUCACCUCAAGGCGAGUGGGCGGUACAGGCGGCACAGAAGCGGAAAUACACGCAGGUCUUUAAUGCCAAUGAUCGCACACGUUCCGGCUACUUGACUGGAGCUCAGGCACGUGGCGUGCUAGUGCAGAGCAAACUGCCACAGGUGACGUUGGCGCAGAUCUGGACGCUGGCUGAUGUGGAUGGUGAUGGCCGUCUCAGCUGCGAUGAGUUUAUUUUGGCCAUGUUUUUGUGCGAAAAAGCGAUGGCUGGUGAGAAGAUACCUGUGACCUUGCCACUUGAUUGGGUGCCGCCGAGCUUGCGUAAGAUUAAGUCACGUCCAGGCUCUGUGUCGGGUGUUAGCUCACGUCCUGGAUCUCAGCCAGCCUCGCGACAUGCGUCGGUUUCAUCACAAGGCGCCGUUAUGGCGGACAUUGAUGCUGCUGCGGGCUUGCCACAGAACUCGUUUGAGGACAAGCGCAAAGAGAACUAUGAGAAGGGCAAAGUGGAGCUAGAUCGCAGGCGCAAGUUAAUUGAGGACCAGCAGCGGAAGGAGCGCGAGGAGCGUGAGCGUAAAGAGCGCGAGGAAGUUGAGAAACGUGAGAAGGCACGUCUGGAAGCAGAGCGCAAGCAGCAAGAGGAGCUGGAACGACAGCUGCAGCGUCAGCGUGAAAUCGAAUUGGAAAAAGAAGAGCAGCGUAAACGUGAACUUGAAGCCAAGGAAGCAGCUAGAAAGGAACUAGAGAAGCAGCGCCAGCUGGAAUGGGAGCAAGCCCGCAUUGCCGAAAUGAACGCACAGAAGCAACGGGAGCAAGAGCGCGUUCUCAAGCAAAAGGCACACAAUACACAGCUGAAUGUGGAGCUCAGCACGCUGAACGAAAAGAUCAAAGAUUUGUCGCAAAAGAUUUGCGAUACACGCGCUGGUGUAACCAAUGUGAAAUCGGUUAUUGAUGGCAUGCGCACUCAGCGCGAUACUUCGAUGAGCGAAAUGGCGCAGCUGAAGGCGCGCAUCAAAGAGCAAAAUGCCAAGCUGCUGCAACUCACGCAAGAGCGCUCGAAAUGGGAUGCUAAGAGCAAGGCCAGCGGUGCCGGUUUGACUGGCGAUGCAGCUCAGCAGGAGCAGCUUAAUGCUGCCUUUGCACACAAGCAGCUGCUGAUCAAGCAAAUUAAAGACAAAGUGGAGAACAUUGGCAAGGAAAUCGAAAGCAAGAAGGAGGAUCUCAAUUCGAACGAUGUGACCAUGACCGAGCUCAAAGGCGAGCUGUCCGCUUUGAUUGCCAAGUGUGAGGAGCUGUACAAGGAGUACGAUGUUGAGCGAACAUCUGUGCUGGAAUUGAAAUACAAUCGCAAGAAUGAAGCAGCUAGCAUUAGUGCCAGCUCAGCUUGGGAUACUGGCAGUGCAUGGGGCAGCACUGCGGCAGCCAGUGUGCCCGCCGCAGUGGAUGCCUACUCCAGCUAUGGCCUGGCCAGUGAGUCAAGCGCAGCUGUUGCUGAAACAGCGGGUGCUGCUGCUGCUGCUGUGGAUGACAGUGGACCAGCGCCAGAAGGCUUUGUUAAGUAUCGCGCUGUCUAUGAGUUCACGGCACGUAAUGCCGAGGAGAUAACAUUUGUGCCAGGAGACAUUAUAUUGGUGCCAUUUGAGCAGAACGCCGAGCCUGGCUGGCUGGCGGGUGAAAUCAAUGGUCAUACUGGCUGGUUUCCCGAAUCUUAUGUCGAGAAACUGGAGGAGGAGGAGCAGUCGGCUGUGCCAGCUGUUGCCGAAGCCGCAGAAGCUGUACCUGUAGCCGAUAGCUACAACGACAAUAGCAUGCUGCCUGAGUCAACAACUGUUGCAGCUGGCGACAUUGAAUAUUAUAUAGCCGCAUAUCCUUAUGAAUCUGCUGAGGACGGAGACCUCAGCUUCGGUGCCGGUGAGAUGGUGAUGGUUAUCAAAAAGGAGGGCGAAUGGUGGACAGGCACCAUUGGCAAUCGCACUGGCAUGUUUCCCUCAAACUAUGUGCAAAAGGCUGAUGUGGGGGGAACAGCUGCCGUCAGCACCAGCGCCAGCGCCACUGAGGCUUCAUCUGCUGCAGCUGCUGUUACUGAAACUGUAGAUCAGGAGUUGACAUACAAUGGAAGUAAUGCUGCCUAUGCCGUGCAGCAGCCGGAGCUGCAGGAGGCGGUGCAACAGUUACAGUCACAGCCACCACCGCAAGCACAGCCCGCUGAGUUGGAGGAGGCGCCCACCAAUGAAGAUCUCGACACUGAAGUCUCACAGAUAAACACACAGUCCAAGUCACAGACCGAACCGGCAGAGAGCUACAGCCGGCCCAUGUCACGCACUUCUUCCAUGACACCCGGCAUGCGCGCCAAGCGUUCGGAGAUAGCACAAGUCAUAGCGCCCUACGAAGCCACGAGCAGCGAGCAGUUGUCGCUGACUCGCGGCCAGCUGAUUAUGAUACGCAAAAAGACCGACUCCGGCUGGUGGGAGGGUGAGCUGCAGGCCAAGGGCAGACGCCGGCAAAUUGGCUGGUUCCCUGCCACUUAUGUUAAAGUGCUGCAGGGCGGACGCAACAGCGGUCGCAAUACUCCCGUCUCUGGCAGUCGCAUCGAGAUGACCGAAACAAUCUUGGACAAAGUGAUUGCGCUCUAUCCGUACAAAGCACAAAAUGAUGAUGAGCUAUCGUUCGAUAAGGACGAUAUUAUCAGCGUACUGGGUCGCGAUGAGCCGGAGUGGUGGCGCGGAGAAUUAAAUGGUCUCUCUGGACUAUUUCCGAGCAACUAUGUGGGACCCUUUGUCACGUCCGGAAACGUAUAACGAGGCAUUGGUGGUCUCUAAACAGCGUCAGGACAACGCUUCACACAACAACAACAGCAACCACAAUAAUAAAAAUUAUUAUACAAAUCACACGAACAACAAUUAAAUGCUUACAGCUCUAAACUAAGUUAAAGCCCCAACAAAAUAUUAACAAAAUGUAGUCAAAGUUUAGUAAACAAUUGUAUUAGAUAUUGUUAUUAUUAUUAUAAUUCUGACUAGGCUCAUUUGGGAAAAAAGUGCAAUCAUUACAACCAAAAACAACAACAAAAAAA